UGUUUGAAUAGGUUUCGAUAUCAAAGGUUUAAUAAUAAUAUUUUUUCUCUCUAUUUAACAUACAAGUACUUAUUUCUGCAAGUUGUUACAUCGAAUUUAUUACUGUACUUUAAACAACAAUAGUUAAAACAAAACAACCGUUAGUGAGUACAUUUUCGCUUUAAUAUCUCUUUAGUAUAAGUUAAGUAGUUAAUUUAGUAAGGUUAGGUUAGCGCUAAGCUCAGCUCGAGACCAAAAAGUGCCACGUAAAAAGCUAGAAAUGCAGUCAAGUUUGGGCAUUGCAGCGUUUCUUUUAUUGCUUGCUACAAGUAAUACUGCUGAUACAGAUUGUCCAUCAUUGAAUGAUGCUGAUGAUCUGUCGCAGACACAAUUAAUCGAGCGGCUCACACACGGCUGCCGUUAUGAUCGCCUGGAGCGUCCAGUUAGCUACACCGAAUCUAAUGGUGCGCGCCUACCAAUCGAUGUUUACGUGCGUGCCUAUAUUUACUUCAUGCAGAACUUGGAGGCGCAUGACUUGCAGUUCAAAAUACACGUAUUACUACAGUUGCGAUUUCUUGAUCCGCGCUUAACAUUUCGCAAAGUGGCGCCAAAACGAAAACAGCCUAUUUUGGGUGAGAAACCAUUACGUGACACACUAUGGAUGCCGCACAUAUUUCUGGCAAAUGAAAAGGAUUCAAGUCUGCUGGGUACUAAUGAAAAGGAUAUACUGACUUCUAUAUCACCUGAUGGCACUGUAAUCAUAUCGUCACGCAUUAAAGCCACACUCUAUUGCUGGAUGAAUUUGCAGAAAUUCCCAUUCGAUGAGCAGCAAUGCAGCACAAUGCUGGAGAGUUGGAUGUAUAACACAUCCGAACUGGUGUUGCAUUGGGAACAAAAACGUCCGAUAACCAUGGAUCCGGCGCUACACCUUACCGAAUAUGUGCUGCAUGGCGCUUGGUCCAAUGAAACCGUAGUCAAUGCCGAUUUGAAUGAUUUAAGACAUGGUGCCUUCGCCGGAAAUUACAGUUCACUCAGUUUUUCAGUGCAUUUAACACGUGAAGUCGGCUUCUAUGUAAUGGAUUAUUUUCUACCCUCAAUGCUUAUAGUUGCUAUUUCGUGGGUGUCCUUCUGGUUGCAAGCAGAUCAAGCGCCACCGCGCAUCAUGUUGGGCACUAGCACUAUGCUAACAUUUAUAACGCUGGCUUCGGCACAAGGUAAAACUUUACCAAAAGUUAGUUACAUCAAAGUUUCCGAAGUGUGGUUUCUCGGUUGUACGCUCUUCAUUUUCGGCAGUCUCAUCGAAUUCGCUUUCGUCAAUACGAUUUGGCGUCGCAAACGUAAUGUGGAUGUGAAAAAAAUGAGCAGCAAACAUAUACUGAAAUCAACAUUGUCGCCACGCGCCUCACGACGUGCCACUGGCCGCUCACGUUCCUUCUGCGCCGCCACACAUGCAACCAACGAACCGCCACCGUUUAAUAAUUACCUAACGGUACAUAAUAUACCGAUACAUACGAUACACGAGCAUGAAGCGGUGGAUAAUCUAUCGAAAGUGACUAGUUUUAGUAACACAACGACAAAUACUGGUGAUUCUUUGCCCUAUAGCAAACGUGAUUUGGCCAACAUUGAAACGGGUGAAGUGCAUCACAAUAUCGGCUGGACAACGCUCACACCGCAAGAAAUAUCCAUGUGGAUCGAUCGAAAGGCACGUUGUGUAUUUCCUAUAGCCUUCUUGGUUUUUAACGCAUUCUUUUGGACAUUUGUCUAUGUAGUUUAAUAGUGGUUUCAUUUUUUAUUGCUUGCGCUUGAAAGCCAUUUGGUGUUACUAAUUGAGUUAGAUAUUUGCGCAUUAGUGCUUUUAAUUAACUUAAGCAUAACUUUAUUUUUGGUGUUGUCUUGUGUGUGCCUUUUUUACGGUUUUAUUUUAUUUAAUUUUUUCAUUUUUAUAACCUAACUUUUUUUAUUAUUUUUUUUUGUUUUUGUGCCAUAUCUUUGCUAUGAUUGCCAUUUAACUCACUUGAAACCAAAUAAUUUGUACAUAAUUGCUAUACCUCAGUUACUAAUUUUAUUUAAACUAAUUAUGUAUAUUUUUAAUUUAUGUAAUACAAACUGUAAAUGCUUUAGGAA